UGCCCCGUCUCUCUCACACCUGCAGUGUGCCCAGCAAUCCCCCCCCCCCCCUUUCAUUUCCUGCAUGUUUCCUGCCUUCCUACUCUCUCUCUUCCCUGCUGUUGCCCACUUCUCUCCUCCAUCCACACACUCUUCCUCACCUGCUGAUGCUGCUGCUUCUCUCUCAUGUGCUUGCUGAGUUCUGGGCAUUCUGCCAGCUCCCCUUCUUCUGUAUGUAACAGUGCUGCUUGUUUGUUAUUUGAGCCCAACCCAACGCUUUCAUGUUCAGGUCAUUCCAGUAGUCCUAGUUUUGACUUGGACCUUCUUUUCUUGCCUUUUGAGGCGUUUUGGUUGAGUACUCUGAGUCGCUGAUUCGCUUCCUAGGGAGCUAUCUUUCGCCCCAUUUGCUUUAUUGGAUUUCAGUGCCUGUCCGACUCGAACCUUAGCUUGGAAUCCACUCCAGUGAUAUUGAUUAGAGAAGCAACCUGCAGAUGUUAUUGCUUUGUUUUAUUGACAUUGAAAAGACUUGAGAAGACCGCAUCGGGCUACUGCAAGUGUAUACAUAUUGUCAAGGACAGAAUGGAUCCCUUGAGCCGAGUGGAAGAGAGUGUCCCGACUGAGUUGAUGUCAGAGCAUAUUAUCAAUGAAUUACGUCCAGAUCAAGAGCUUCGCAUCUUCCGCAGCACAUUUUCAUCUGAUCCCGUCGUUGUGCCACCCCCCGGGUUGACCUUGCACAGUUACGUCCUACAAAACAUAGAGAACUAUCUGGACAGGGUGGCAUUCUUGGACGCAACUGAUGGGCAUCAGUACACAUACGGUCAAGUGCUACAGCUGCUUAGAAAUGUUGCAGCAGGGCUGUGGUUUCAGUUCGGUAUCAGAAAAGGCGACGUUGUGAUCAUCGUAUUGCCCAACACUACUGAGUAUUUCAUAUUCGUGAUUGGCAUCAUUUCACUUGGUGCUAUUUACAGGGGGUCAAAUCCAGCUGCACAUGAGUCCGAGAUUCAGAGGCAAGCUAAGCAUUCCGGAGAAAAACUUGUCAUCACAGACUUGAAAACGCACAAGAAGGUUGAAGCCCUGAGCCUCCCUGUUGUGGUGGUAGCUGAGGACGUGCCAAAAGGAUCGCGUUCUUACACGUCUCUGUUCGAGGCGGACGGGUCUUUAGCUCCCACGGUAGAGAUCUCGGAGCACGACGUGUGUGCAUUACCAUACUCUUCAGGUACUACAGGUGUACCGAGGGGCGUCAUGAUCACUCAUCGAAACAUUGUUGCGAACUUGAACCAAACCGUGCCCGACGUUGAGAGUAAGAAUGUAGAUGGAAUCAUUCCGGAUGGCGAGCGUGUGGUCCUGGGACUCAUGCCUUUCUUUCACAUCUAUGGUAUAAUCGGAAUUUGCUGUGCGACAGUGCGCAUGAAGGGCAAAGAAGUGGUCGUGACCAGGUAUAAAGCUGCACAUCUCCACAUACUGACGAACUACGGCGUUACAUUCGCGCCUGUAGCACCCCCGAUACUUCUCCAGCUUGUGAAAACCGACUUUGAUAACUUGGACUGCAGCAAGUUCAGACUGAAUUCGGUGUUGACCGCUGCAGAUCCGCUGGGCAUUGAGCUGCAGAAGGCCUUUGAGACAAUAUUUCCAGGAGUUGAAGUCCAUCAGGCAUAUGGAUUGACUGAGUACAGCUGCGUGACUGUCUCACAUUGCAUCUGCAAUCAUGGAAGAGGACCAUCCAAGCCGGGCACUGUGGGAUUCAUCGUGCCAGGAUUGGAAGUGAAGUUUGAAGAUCCAACUUCUGGCUUGUCGUUGCCUGCAAAUUCAUCAGGGGAGAUUUGUGUAAGAGGCGAACCCACCAUGAAAGGUAACAAUUCCAUCAGUUCAUGGGAUUUCCCAGUCUUCCUGGCAAUCCUUCGUCAGCACGAUCACUGGUUGCGCAAGCAGAUGUCAGGGUACUUCAAGCAUCCAGAAGCAACAGCGGCGACCAUAGACUCUCAGGGCUGGCUCCACACGGGUGACAUUGGUUACAUUGACAACGAUGGAGAUAUCCUCAUCGUUGAAAGAAUGAAAGAGGUCAUCAAAUACAAUGGCUUUCAGGUAUGUUGUGCAGGUUCCCCUGCCGAGAUAGAAGCAAUCCUGAUCUCUCACCCAGCCAUAGCGGACGCUGCAGUCGUACCAAUUCCAGAUGAAGUGGCAGGAGAGAUUCCGGGAGCUUGCGUGGUGCUCAAGCAUGGUUUUGUCGUUCCACCAACCGAAAUCCAGGCGUUUGUGGCUUCCAAGGUUUCUACGUACAAGCAGAUAAGGCAUGUCGAGUUCGUGUCAUCCGUACCCAAGUCUCCGGCGGGCAAAAUCCUGCGGCACUUGACGAACACUUACACACGCGAGAGUACUUCCAAGGUUGCUGAGAAUCCUGUGAGUCACCCCUCAGCGAAGGAUGAGGCCACUACCGCGGUGCAGGAUGAGCUGCACAUGACUUUUUCAACUAAGAAGCUUUCCGUGGACUAG